CUUCUCUCAAGACAUACUUUUGACAAUCUGAAUGAACGAAAGGUCAAAAGUUCUUGAAGGAAAUCAGUUGGCAAAUUUUGAUUUAUGAGGGCACUGUUACUGGCUUGGAGUUACAGAGAACGUGUCUGGAAUAUCUUCUUGUAGUUGUUGUUGCUUCGUUCCGUAGAUUUCACGAGAUCUCCUUUUCUACAAUUUGCAAUAAUUGUAGCACGAGAAUUUGACUUUUCCAUUGGACAACAUUGAUUUGGUUCUCACUUGUUGAUACGGAAGCAAACCAUGGCUUCCAGGAAGAAAAUCCUUCUGAAAGUUAUAAUUCUUGGAGACAGUGGUGUUGGCAAGACGUCGUUGAUGAACCAAUAUGUCAACAAAAAGUUCACUAACCAGUACAAGGCAACGAUUGGAGCAGAUUUCCUCACAAAGGAAGUUAUGGUUGAUGACCGUCUUGUUACUCUGCAGAUUUGGGAUACAGCUGGCCAAGAAAGAUUUCAAUCCCUUGGAGUGGCAUUCUACCGUGGAGCAGACUGCUGUGUGUUAGUGUAUGAUGUUACAAUGCCCAAUACCUUCAAGAAUCUAGACAGUUGGCGAGAUGAGUUCCUAGUCCAAGCAAGUCCCAGAGAUCCAAACAACUUUCCCUUUGUUGUCCUUGGUAACAAGGUUGAUUUGGACUCGCGAGCGGUGUCCACAAAGCGUGCACAGAACUGGUGUCAUACGUUCAAUGACAUUCCAUACUAUGAGACUAGUGCAAAGGAGUCAAUCAAUGUGGAGCAAGCUUUCCAGGCUAUUGCCAAGAAUGCCCUUGAACAGGAAGCUGAAUUGGGAACAGGCCUGUAUACCGACCUUCCUGACCAGAUCCAACUGAGCAAUAUUGAUAAUGAGCAAGGUUCUAGCGGUUGUUCUUGUUAGUGGUUCCAUCUCGCCUGCUUCCUGUUGUGCUGCAUGGCAAUGAGAUCAGGACUGGUGUUCUAUGCACACUGCUUCGCAUAUGAAUAUCUGGAGGGUGGACUGAUACGUUGGUACGCAGGUAGAUCUACUAGCUGUGCAACUUGUCUGCAACCAUCCUAACCAAGCACAAGGAAUGAUGGGUUGUAGAAAAACUACUGAGUAUUGCCCCGCUGCUUGUGAUAGUUCUGCCAUGUCCAUCUUGAAUGGGCUAGCUAUGUACUUUUAGUCACUUGAUCCUAUACAGUAUUACCUGUAUAAAGUGUAUAUGUGCUGAGUUACUGCUGCUGCUCAUACUGCAGUUGCCUGCUCUUUCUCUACGUUGGGGAAUGGUGUCCCGUACAUACCGCACUGGAACAUCCAUGUCCUGUACUUAUGCUGGAACCAGGAUGAUCCUAGCUAACUCUUAGUUGACUACUACAAGCUAAGCUUUGCUAUCCAUUUUACAGUUCUAGUGCAUUCCCUCUUCAUCUUCAACCUUGCCUCCGGUGACAUGAGUGUGGAUGCUGCUAUGAACUGAUUCUAGUUUCUGACUAUCUUGAGUACACUGACCAUGGCAGUCGCGAUGGCAACACUACGACAGUAAUUAUUAAACUUGUACGAUGUGUCGGCACUGAUAUACAGCAUAGUUCAUGGUACAAUCAUACGCAGAAGUACAGUUACUGACUCUAGCCUCGGGCUUGUGUACCACCUCUUCUCUUGUGGGCAUUUCGUUCUAUCCGCUUUUUACAUCUCCAAUGGCCCUGUGCUAUACAGCUUCCAUCAUGUUACCUGCUUCAGAUCGCCCAUUUUUCAUGUAAUACCCCCCUCCAGAAUCUCCACUUAUUUUCAGGCAUGAUUGAAACUCUCCUUUAUGUGGAAAAUUUAUAGUUUUCAAUCUCUCUUUUCAAACAUCAUCCGACAUCUGUGAUUACUUUUAAAAUGGCUCGCUGUUUCAUUAA